GUAAUAUUCAAAUAUUAGUUAGGCAUAUUCCCUCAUACCUAUCGUCAGCAGAUCAAUGUAUAGAAGCAUAUUUAUUGUAUGCACCUAGUCUUAACCAUUGUCUCAUACGGAUGCCUUUCAGUAUCUGAAGGGGAGUCACAUAAACCUUUCACGAUAUUUGAAAGUUCUGAUAGCGUUUAUAGUGAUCUAUUACAAUUCAGUGCUAAUAGAUCAUCAUUGUUUACUAUACCAACUAGUAAUUUGUCAGCCAUUGAAGAUCUGUUUCUGUAGUCGGUCUACCCCCAUCACUUGACCAUGUUCCGUGCGAGUUUGACUAUCCGAAGGGCCCUAUGCUCUGCCACCAGCCAAGCCUCCCACACGCCCUUAUCCAGUGCCGCGCAGAAGUUGUCCCUCUAUCCCGAGGGCUAUGUACCUCCCAAGGAAGCCUACUUAAACUCGUUACAGACCGCAAAGGCCGGUGAAGCGGACAGGCGGGGGUUCUUAAACCUAACCACACAGCAGAGAGAUGUGCUGAGAUGUCUGACGGAGACGCCCACCGGGCAGCAGUACAUUGCAGAUAAUGUGGUGUUCCAUUUCCCGAAGAAAGCCAGACACUGCCUGACGGGCAAGAACUUAUGGGAUCUAAUCGGCAACAAAAAAAAUCUUGGCGUAGGUGACUUAGUAUGCAGCCGUCGCAUGUUCGAGAUGUUCCAGGGCAGCCAGUACUACAUAAUCAAAGGCGUAAAGCCAAAAGGCGAUAUGAAAGGCGGUAAAAUUUUCGCGGCCCUUGUGAAGGAAGGGACUGAGUCUAAGAGUCAGCCCAUCAGAGGAGCACUGAAGAAGAAAUGGAAGUUGUUGGAGGAGGCGAACGCACAAUAAGAAGUUAAUCAUACCGUACGAAUGAAUUGAUGACACUCGCAGUGAGCAAUCUAUUAAUAGCCACAGUCUAUUAAUAGAAUAGUUGGACAGUCUAUUAAUAGAAUAGUUGGACAGUCUAUUAAUAGAUUCAUUGGACAGCCUAUUAAUAGAUUCACUGUCUUCGCUAGAGUGUCUGUCAGGAACGCCCUGCAGCAGACAGUACCUUUACACGUGCCGUAGUGUCUGUCCACACGGACGACAAUCGCUGUAGUAGGCGCUGGGUAGAGCCCUGGAGACCAUGAAGUGGAUUAAUUAAAGUCGUAUUGAAUGAAGUACUAGUUCAUCUCAUCCCGUG